AUGUCAAAACACCAAGACCCAGACACCAUCCUCAACUUCCUGACAGAGCAACGAGAUGAAGCGCCCGCAGACCUCCAACACAUCUUUCUCUCAUUAGAAGAGCUAUGGGAACGAAAGUUGUGGCAUCAACUGACCGUGGAAUUGCUCGACUACUUCCAGAACCCCGAAAGCACUGCUCAAAGAUUACCCAUUUACAACACUUUCAUCAUCAGUUUCGCCGACAAGAUCAACCAGUUACAGUUGGUCAAACUUGCUUUGAGUGCUUCUGCGCAAAUCAAAGAUGAUGAUGAGCGAAGUCAAUUUCUCAAGACCCUUUCUGGGCGAGUCGAGCAGCCUGAUUCUGAAGACGCCUAUGUUUAUGCGAUCACGGAACUUGCCAGUGUGUAUCUGAGACUGGACCAGGCAUCAAAAGCAAAGGAGCAACUGGAUAAAGCGCAGAAGAUAUUGGACCAGUUUGAUUUUGUGGAGAAUGUCGUCCAUGCCGCCUUCUACCGGGUCAAUGCCGAUUACUUCCAAGCCAAGGGCGACUACACUGCAUAUUACCGAAAUUCUCUUCUCUACCUGGCCUGUAUUGAAGAAUCAGAAUUGUCCCCAAUCGAACAACAACAUCGAGCCUACGAUCUAGCCAUUGCCGCCUUGGUGUCCGAUUCAAUCUACAACUUUGGUGAAUUGCUUUUACACCCAAUCCUCGAUGUUCUGAAGCCUCCUCAUUCUCAGUCUUGGUUGCGAGAGCUUCUCUUUGCCUUCAAUCGAGGAGACCUAGCUGCUUUUGAUCGCAUGUCAAACAGUCUCAACAAGGAUGAAACCCUGAGCUCACACCGCAAUUUCCUUUGGCAAAAGAUCAACCUCUCUGCAUUGACAGAAUUGGUCUUCAAGCGACCACCUCAUGACCGGGCCAUGACUUUCAAGACCAUCAGUCAAGAAACCAAUGUCAAGCCGGAUGAGAUUGAGCACUUGAUCAUGAAGGCACUCAGCCUUGGGCUACUACGAGGAAAGAUUGACCAGGUGGCGGGCAUCGCAAGGAUCAAUUGGGUUCAGCCCAAGGUUCUGGAACGCAGUCAAAUCGAGGGAAUGCGACUUCGACUCAAAGAAUGGGACAGCAAUGUGAAUGAUCUUGGUCAUUGGAUAGAAGGAGUGGGCAAGGAUGUUUGGGCAUCAUGA